CCGAGAGAGAGGCUGAGCGACACCAAAAAAGGGCUGGAGCUGGAGGUUCUGCUUGCUGGAGAAACACACAGACACACAGACAGACGGACUGAAGGACUGGGCUUCAGGAAUCAUGGAGCAGGGCUGUGAAUGAGCAGGAUCUCCACCAUGUCCACGGGCCCCGGGCCCCCAGGAGCCACUCAUGUGAAUGAGCCGGACCAAAACGCAGCGGGUCACACCAAGGGCCCCGUGGGCCUGCAGACGCUGCUGGAUCUGCUGGUGGGAGUUUAUCAGGAGUUCAGCUCGGCUGCUCUGCUCAGAGAGAAAUAUGUGCAGCGCUUUCUGCAGUGGGCGGAGCCUCUGGUCAGACAGGUGAAGAAGACUCGGAUAAGCAGAGAUGACUUUGACAUCUUGAAGGUGAUCGGCCGAGGAACCUUCAGCGAGGUGGCUCUGGCCCGCAUGCGUAACACACAGCAGGUUUACGCGCUGAAGAUCAUGAACAAGUGGAACAUACUGAAGCGUGGAGAGACAGCGUGUUAUCAGGAGGAGCAGGAGGUUCUGCUGAAAGGAGACCGGCGCUGGAUCACUGAACUACAUUACGCUUUCCAGGACGACAAUUACCUCUAUCUGGUCAUGGAUUACUAUGUCGGUGGAGAUCUGCUGACGCUGCUGAGUAAGUUUGGUGAUCAUAUCCCGGAGGACAUGGCUCAGUUCUACCUGGCUGAGAUGGUGAUGGCCAUCGAUUCAGUCCACAGACUCGGUUAUGUGCACAGAGACAUUAAGCCUGACAACAUUCUCCUGACGGCGGAUGGUCAUGUGCGAUUGGGUGAUUUUGGCUCCUGUCUGCGUCUGGAGGAUGACGGACUGAUGCACUCGUCACUGGCCGUCGGGACUCCAGACUAUCUGUCUCCAGAGAUCCUGCGGGCGGUGGAGGGCGGCGGAGGCUACGGCUCUGAGUGCGAUUGGUGGGCUCUGGGCGUCUGCGCGUAUGAGAUGCUGCUGGGAGCCACACCCUUCUACGCCGAGUCCAUCUCUGAGACAUAUGCCAAAAUAAUACACUUCAAGGAUUAUUUUGAGUUUCCUCCGGGGCCUGAGGUGUCCGAGGAGGCGAGGUCACUCAUCAGCGCUCUGAUCUGCGACAGGAGCGAGAGGUUGGGCUCACGGGGUUCCAUGGACUUCAGAAAACACCCGUUCUUCACAGGUUUGGACUGGAGUUCCCUUCAUCUUCUCCCUCCUCCGUACCGUCCUGACGUCUCCAACGCCACAGACACCUCCAACUUCGACGUGCUAGACGACUGUCUGAGCGACACGGAAAGCUUGAGUGACGUGAUGGAGCGAGCGCCGGUUGGGCUUCAUCUGGCGUUUGUAGGCUACUCUUACACAGCCACCAGAGAGACGGGAGCACUGGACCGCAGCAGAGACAUCAUGAUGGAGAUCAACCAGCAGCAGGAUAGAGAUCUGCUCCACCUGCAGGGAAAACUGAAUCAGGUGUGGCGGCUCAGAGAAUCCAUCACCGCUGAGCUGAUGUCACUUCCUGCUGAGCAGAACAAACCCCAGCCAAUCAGCAGCAGCGCAGAGACGGAGCAGAGCGACGCACACACUUACGAGCUACAGAGACUCAAGCUCUAA